AUGUACGUGUUAUAUUUCUGUGUAUUUGCACUAUUUUAUAUCAACGUCACCGCACAUAUAAAUUCUUUAAAUGCAGUGUUAUUUAAUGGUGACUAUGAAUUUAUAGAUCUUAGCUAUCCUUUCGAUGCAAAUACGAUAUAUUGGCCUCAAGCACAAAAGUUUCAAUUUACCAAGCAGAUUAUAAACGAAGGCGUUAACUGGUACUCUUCUAAAGAAUUUGUUGCUUCCGAACAUGGAGGGACUCACUUGGAUGCACCAUAUCAUUUCUACGAACAAGGAAAUUUUGUGGGAAACAUUCCUCUUAUAGACUUAAUUGUUCCGCUUAUAAUUGCUGACGUGAGUUCCCUGGUUAACGAUGAUCCAAAUUUUGUUCUUUAUAAACAUCAUUUAGAUUUUAUGAUUAAUGACAAUUUUGGUAAACCAUGUUUAAUUGUGUUCAAAUUUGGAUGGAGUAAGUUUGUAAAUGACAAACAAAAGUAUCUUGGACUGGGGCCUAACAAUACAUUAAAUUUCCCUGGCCUGAGUAGUGAAGUUAUGGAUUGGAUAACAACUUCAUACAAAAAUGUAGUUGGAGUUGGCGUUGAUACUUCUUCUGUAGAUCCUGGAGCAUCAAAAGAUCUUCCUGUACACAAAUUAGGGUCGAAAGCAGGGUUGUACAAUAUAGAAAAUGUUAAUUUAUCAAGAACUAUACCAGAAUAUGGUUGCACCGCCCUCGUAAUGCCAAUGAAAAUUGCCCAAGGAAGUGGAGCACCUGUUAGAUUUGUAGCGAUUUGUCCAAAACAAGUACAAACUGAAUUUUAA